AUGAAGGACGGCAAGUUUACUCAUGGCAACACAGUUGCUCCAACUGAGACGAGGGUUUUUCCCUUGCUCUCGUUGAAGGGGCGGACUGCCAUUGUUUGCGGUGGUGGCUCUGGGAUAGGCUUUGCCGUCGUCGAAGCAUAUGCUGAGGCUGGCGCCAAUGUAGCAAUAUGGUAUCACAGCAACAACGAAGCGCCGAAAAAGGCAGAUGCCAUUGAGAGGGAGUAUGGUGUCAAGUGCCGCGCCUACAAGAUUGACGUGACCAUGGCGGAUGAUGUCGAGACAGCGGUCAAUGAGCAGAUCAAGGAGUUUAAUGGUCGACUUGAUAUCUUUGUCGCCAACUCGGGUAUUCCAUGGACCAAGGGACCAGUGAUCGAAGGUCCGCUAGAGCACUACCGGGAUGUCAUGUCAAUCAACCCAGACGGUGUCUUUUACUGCGCCCGUGCGUACGGCAAAGUGUGGAAGCGCCAGAUGUGCACAGGUACAGAUGUGUUUGGAAACAAGCUGCACAACUACAGCUACGGUAGCUUCAUUGCAACAGCUAGCAUGAGCGGACAUAUUGUAAACAUCCCAUCAGUACAAGCUGCCUACAACGCAUCGAAAGCAGCUGUUUCUCAUCUAUGCAAGUCCCUGGCAGUGGAGUGGUGUCAGUAUGCAAGGGCAAAUAGUGUAUCACCCGGCUAUAUCGAAACGGAGAUAUCGACCUUUGCAUCCGCUGAGACAAAGAAUACGUGGAAGGACAAAAUACCCAUGGGCAGGGAAGGUCAGCCCCACGAGAUGAAGGGAGUGUAUUUGUUCCUAGCAUCGGAUGCAUCUAGCUACACGAGCGGCUCAGACUUGAUCAUAGAUGGCGCCUAUACCUGUGUUUAG